AAAUUAACAUUAAUAUUAAAGAAAAUUACUUAUAUCUUUAACUAUAUUGCAAAAUUUUUUUUAAUUAUAUACUCUAAAAUUAUUAUUUUCGGAUAAAUUUGCCAAUUACUAGUGUUGUUUAUAGAUAUUGUGACGAAGUGGUCGUCAAACAUCCCCUGUUUAAAAUGACGCGCUUGAUUGUCGGGCCCAGGAGGUGGCGCCGCCAAACGGAAGAAGGUGUAGCUAGCCGCCGGGACGCCGAAAUCAGAUGUUCGCGUCGAGAGUAUUACGAUAGAGACUGAAAAGAGAGUGCGAUUUUGUGUGUUGAGAUUUGAGAGAAGAGUAAAAGAAAUAUUUGUUGGUCGAGAGUUCGACAGUUUUGUAGUUUUGUGAGAAAAGUUGGAUUUGUGGUUGAGCAAUUGGUCGAGUGACCAAGAGGAGCUCAUUUAUUUUAAUAAUUGUUUGGAGAAUAAAAGAAAAUUGACGAGGAAAUCGACCAAAUUAUUGAUUUGACCUGUCGACAUCUUUGAAUUGAUCGAUUUGUGACGAGAGCUGUGGAUAUCGGAGAGAGUAAUUUUGACAAGGGAAAGAGGAGUUGGAAACGAGAAAGGACGUUUGACUCGAGUGACAGAGGCGAGAGGAGUCGUGACAAGGCAAAGCGAAGGCGGAGAGAGAACUAUCGUUCAGUACCGCAAUUACCAAAGUACGACAUGCCACGCAGAGGAUUGACCAGGGGAAGAUCAGCAUCGCGGCACAGAGCGACCGAAGAAUUCCAGCCACCAUCCCAUGUGACAGCAGCGCCUCCACUAUUAGACUUUCCCGUACUGGAACCCGAACGGGAUAGGUCCUCGGGAGCUAUUCCUCGUCGACCUAAAUCUGACGUGGGGAAAGUGAAGGAAGAUUGUAGUACAUGGGAAGUACUAGAACCGAGACGUUUCCCACGAGCCGAACAUGAGGACCCAGACCUACGUCGUAGACAGGAGGAGAGUUGGGAAGAAUUUGGGAGCAGAAUUGCAGUCGAGGAGCUUGAACGGUUCGUCCAAUUCCAAGAACCGAAGACUUCCGUUUCCUUGGAACAACUCAAGGAAAAACAACGGGCGGAGAUUAAGGCUAGGAAGCCCGUACUCCGGAAGGAAGAUUUGGUCUACCCCGAUGACGAGGAGUUGGUAGAGGAGGUACGACCCAUUACCCCACCAGGCCCCCGACUAGACGAAAUAAUACGACCCCCAAACUGACAAGGGACGAAGUUGUGGCGAAUUCUGGCGGAGACAGGCGGGGAGAAGCAUUGCUCCGAAAAACGACAGGGGUAAUGUUCAACGAUAUGAGAUCAAUACCCACUGACCCGACGAUUGACCCCCCACCACGGACUUGUCAAAAUUGUUGGCGCCGAGGCCACCGCCGCAAUGAUUGCCCUAAAGAAGUGACGGAGAGUUGUUGCGAAAAUUGCGGUAGAAAAUACGUAACACUACAUAACUGUCCAAGGUGUGAGGAGGGUUAUAAGCGUUAUUUGUUGCGAGGAAGAGCAACAAAUAGAGACGCCUACUUUUUCCUCAAUUUUUAAAUAACCGAAUUUUUAAUUAACAUAAUUUAAAAUUACAAAAGUGUUAAUAAACCGAAUUUAAAUAUUUCAGAAUUUUUAAAAAACCGAAUUUUUAUAGUUCCAAAUUUUCAGUUUACACAAUAAAAAAAUAAUCGAAAUACCAUUGGUUAUAAUUUUUAUGUUCUCGAAUAUUAAAAUUACAGAAAAUGAAAAGAGCAGAAGUUUCACUUGACAGACUUUCUGUUCAACCUAAUUGCGAUCGGACAAAAUUUUAAGAGAACAGAAAUAUCAGUUAACAUAAUUUCAAUUUUGCAGAAUUUUUAGUUAACAUAAUUUAAAAUAAACAGAAAUGUCAUUUGACAUAAUUUUUAUGUUCUCGAAUUUUAACUUUUCCGAAAAUAAAAAUAACAGAAAUUUAACUUGACAGACUUUCUAUUCAACCUAAUUGCGAUUGGACAGAAUUUUUAGAUAACGGAAAUAUCAGUUAACAUAAUUUCAAUUUUGCAGAAUUUUUAGUUUACAUAAUUAAAAAUAAACAUAAAUGUCAUUUGUCAUAAUUUUUAUGUUCUCGAAUCUCAAAUUAACCGAAAAUAAAAACAGCAGAACUUUCAUUUGAUAGAAUAAAUCCAUUGUUGAUGAUUGUUUAAACAAUGAAUACACAAUGGAUUUGGUAUGUCAAGUGAAACUUCUGCUGUUUUCAUUUUCGGUUAAUCUGAGAUUUGUGACCAUAAAAAUUCUGACAAAUGGUGUUUCGGUUGUUUUUCAAUUCUGUAAAUUAAAAAUUCGGCAAAAUUAAAAUUAUGACAAAUGAUAUUUCUGUUUUCUUAAAUUUCUGUCCAAUCACAAUUCGGUUGAACAGAAAGUCUGUCAAGUUAAAUUUCUGUUAUUUUUAUUUUCGGAAAAGUUAAAAUUCGAGAACAUAAAAAUUAUGUCAAAUGACAUUUCUGUUUAUUUUAAAUUAUGUUAACUAAAAAUUCUGCAAAAUUGAAAUUAUGUUAACUGAUAUUUCUGUUCUCUUAAAAUUUUGUCCGAUCGCAAUUAGGUUGAACAGAAAGUCUGUCAAGUGAAACUUCUGCUCUUUUCAUUUUCUGUAAUUUUAAUAUUCGAGAACAUAAAAAUUAUAACCAAUGGUAUUUCGAUUAUUUUUUUAUUGUGUAAACUGAAAAUUUGGAACUAUAAAAAUUCGGUUUUUUAAAAAUUCUGAAAUAUUUAAAUUCGGUUUAUUAACACUUUUGUAACUUUAAAUUGUGUUAAUUAAAAAUUCGGUUAUUUAAAAAUUGAGGAAAAAGUAGGCGUCUCAAAAAAUAGUCCAACAUUGACUGGGGAGUUGACGGGAGAUACUAGGAGAAUACCACGACGUGAGGGCAGCGCGCUGUUGCCAGACAAAUGGAAGGGAAAUGACGAGCUGUGCAAGAAGUUUAAUUUGCCAGAGGCCAAACUGACAGAGGUUUUAAAGGAAGCGCCCAAAUCAAAGUUGGUACCGGCCAAACCACCAAUUGUGGAACUGCUUCCGACGAGAGAAACUCCAUUGUUGGUCGACAUUCCCCCCCCCCCAGCGUAUUAUGACGUGACAGCUCCUAAGAAAAAGGAGAAGAACCUGGCGGAAGCCAUCCGAGAAUUGACAGAGUUGAUGGCAGGACUACCGAUGGAAACCAUCAACUUGGCGAUUCGCCAAUUGAUCGAGGAGCGCAGGAACUCGAGUGGAAAAGAGGAGUGAUUGGAGCUGCUCGAUAAUUAUUUUGACAUGGGAUGGGAUGGUAUGCUUUUGAGUUUUUCUUUUUCUUUUUUUUUUAGUUUGUUACAGGUUCGGUUGAUUUUUCUUUUUGGUUUUGACGUGUUAUCUGGAGGUAACACGAACUAGGAGAGGGGCUUUCUGACGAAGUGGUCGUCAAACAUCCCCUGUUUAAAAUGACGCGCUUGAUUGUCGGGCCCAGGAGGUGGCGCCGCCAAACGGAAGAAGGUGUAGCUAGCCGCCGGGACGCCGAAAUCAGAUGUUCGCGUCGAGAGUAUUACGAUAGAGACUGAAAAGAGAGUGCGAUUUUGUGUGUUGAGAUUUGAGAGAAGAGUAAAAGAAAUAUUUGUUGGUCGAGAGUUCGACAGUUUUGUAGUUUUGUGAGAAAAGUUGGAUUUGUGGUUGAGCAAUUGGUCGAGUGACCAAGAGGAGCUCAUUUAUUUUAAUAAUUGUUUGGAGAAUAAAAGAAAAUUGACGAGGAAA